AAUGUCAGCGUUAGCAGGAACGCGAUGGUGCGAGUCAUGGUUACGCCUAUGAAGGACGAGGGGGAAAACGCACUAGGUUCUCUCUAGUAGUAAUGGCAGCGAAUGCGGUUGCGGCGUGAACACUGCCGAAGCCGGUCCUGUUGAAUGCCGCGCCGGUCACCCCGAUCAACCCCGAACUGUGCCGAGGCGCAGCGCGCUCAUCGCGCGCACACACCGCUCCACUGCGCUAGGCGGCCUCCCCGCGCCAGACUGCUGACAUGGCGUCUUGAACGUGCACCGACUCUCGCGAUCCUCCGACGAGCAGCCCGCGUGCCGGUGAGAAGUGUGUGUGUGUAUGGUUUUUGUUGUGCCGCAGUGCGAGAAACGCGCGCGGCGUCCGUCCGCAUCCCGCGACCUCCUGACAUUUCCGGACAGGGCCAAAUGUCGCCGUGUCGAUGCGUCAAACAGUAAAACGUCAUUAGUGCCCGAAUAUCACACAUGAUCAGCCUACCGACUAUAUCGAAGCCCCCGACAACUCCAAACGCAAACAUGUCAUACCAAAGGUUCUGUUUACGAUGGAACAAUCAUCAAUCAAAUUUGCUCUCAGUAUUCGAUCAGCUGCUGCACGACGAGUCGUUUGUGGAUGUCACGCUGGCGGUGGAAGGGCAGCUGCUGAAGGCGCACAAGAUGGUGCUCUCGGCGUGCAGUCCCUACUUCCAGGCGCUGUUUGUAAAUCAUCCCGAUAAGCACCCGAUUGUCAUACUGAAAGACGUGCCCUAUAAUGACAUGCGCAGUCUUUUGGACUUUAUGUAUCGCGGUGAGGUGUCGGUUGAUCAGGACCGCCUCACGGCGUUUUUAAAAGUCGCCGAGAGUCUGCGCAUCAAGGGUUUAACAGAGGUGAACGAGGAGAAGUGUGAUUCGAUCACAUCGUCGCUGACUGCCAGCCAGAAUAAUCUCCGGCUGCAGCAGCAGCAGGCGCAGAAUAAGCAUCAACAGCAGCAGCAACAACAACAGCACCAGCUUCAGCAACAGAAACAGCAGGUGCAGCCGUUUAAUGCGUUGAAUAUGCUUGGGAAUGCAUUACUGCAACCUAAAAGGAAACGUGGCAGACCUAGGAAGUUGUCGGGGAGCUCGAAUGGUACACCGGGCGCUGAUGAUUUUGAUCGCACCGACUCCCUCGUACAGGGCAGUCCGGAAAUGUUGGAGGUCAAGAUGGGCAUGGACGGAUUCACCGGCAAUCACUCGGACUCCAGCAGCAAGGACAAGGAGGAUGAGACGGACAGCAAAAUCAUGCGCACUGAUAACGGCAGCGAGCCGGUCGCCGGCACCUCCAAGGGCGAGUACGACAAUCUGAACAUCAAGAGCGAGAACGACUUUCAAGCCUCUGAUAACAAAAUCCUCACGCCGAAAGUGGAACUGACCGAAACGUUAGCGCCGCAAAAGCUGAUACUGCCUAAGGUUGAACACGGCGGCGAUUUGAAGUCGCACAUGAACGCGUUCAAUCUAAAUAAUAACAAUAACACGCCAUCGACGAGCGCGCUGGUGCCCGGCACGACGACAGCGGCGAUGAGCGCGCCUUCAGGCAGACAACCGGUGAAGAGACGUGCACGCCGCAGGACGGCGUCGCAGAGCCAAGACCCGGCCGAACAGCUUACGGAGAUGAGCGUACGUGGCCUCAAUCUCUUUCGCUACGCGUCCAUUAGUAACGGCAUCUACCAUUGCACGGAGUGCGCAAAGGUGGACGUGCAGAAGACGUUCAAAAACAAGUACAGCUUCCAGCGGCAUGCGUUCCUCUAUCACGAGGGCCAACAACGCAAGGUCUUCCCGUGUCCGGUGUGUCAGAAGGAGUUCUCGCGGCCGGACAAGAUGAAGAAUCAUAUGAAGACGGUGCAUGAUUGCUUCAUGCCGAAGGACUGCGUCUUUCCCAUGGGGUUUUUUCUCCCGCCGUCGUAAACCGGCUGCCUGCGGCGACGGAUUUACGAACGACGGCGUGAAAAAAAGUCGGACCCCAACGCAGCAGAAAAAUCAUCCAAAACCGAACGAGAAUGUUGUUAAACAGGAGGAGAUCGUCGAGCCGAAUGAUGAAAAUGUCGAAGUGGACGUGUCGAAUGAUGCGGAUGAUGCAAUCACAAACGCGGAGAAUGAAACGAUCGAGAAUGAUGAUAAAAUCAAAAGUGUCGAAGUUGAUAGCAAUGAAAACAACAGCGAAGAUGUUGAUAACGUUAACAAGACCGUACUAAUAGCUCGAACUAGCAGCAGCAAUAAAUAUUUAACACGCAGUCAAUUGCAGCAGCAGCGCAAUUAAAAUUAAAAAAAUACCUUAGCUGUAAGCUACAACGAAUUGAUUUCGUUCUUGGUGCUAAAAACUAACGUUAUUGUUUGAAUAUGAAUAUAGAACGCUUCGAAAGCAUAAAAUCAAAAGCAGAUCAUGCAGACGAGAUGAAAAGAAACUUACAUUAUUAAUUGUUGUACAGAUCUUUAUAUUAUUUACUAAUUGUUUUUAUACAUAUUCAUAUACUUUAUUUAGAGAUAGCAUACGAUUAGCACGAUGCGAAUAUCAAUUGAAAUCAAAUGACAAUUGAUUUGAUUUGGAAGGAAGAGUUUUCCUUGCUAUGGAUGCGUUGAAAUUCGAAACGCAGGUCGACGGAUCGACGUUAAAUCAAAAUAUGACUUGUUAUGUAGCGAUUAAGUGUAUAUAGAUGUUAACAAGGUUCAUGGACAAGCAAACAGACUAAAAAAAAGUACCCUAGGUGUUAGGACCAUAAAGAUAUAGUACAAGUACAACUAAACAUUAGGUAGGAAUAGCAUUUUUUCUAAUUUUGAAAUAGAAACACGAACGACUUUAAGUGGAUGUGUGCAAAUGCAGGAACAGAGAAAGAAAACAAAGUUGAUUUGUGAUGACAUCAGUGAAUUUGAUUCUAUAGCUGAAGAUUGAAAUAUUUUUUUUAUGUUUACGACUGCUAAGCAGUUUGCGAUAUCCAUUAAGAGAAGGGUGGACAUUUGGGUAAAGUUUUUCGAGAAGAAAAGAAGUGCAAUUUUAUCCAAAUGACGACGUGUGUUACUAUUUUGAACUUAAUUGUUACUAAAUGAGCGAAAAAUCCCAAAAUGUGGCCUAUACUUUGUUUAUUGUUUUUCACUUCUUGAUAUUUUAUGAUCAUUUUUACUUUUUUUAAGUGUUUAAAAAUUCGCGCACACAAAACAUUUCUUCUGUGCAUAUUGUUUAUAGUUUUUACGUCAAAAAAAUCUUAUGUUGCUUAAUUGAUACUACUAUACAUUUAUUUUAAAUUAAUGUAAAAAUGUUUGAGUUACUUAUGGAUUACGAAAAUUUAAGUUUAGUUACUGUAGAGGAGUUGGGGUGAAUGCCGACAAAACGCACAAAUAAUUUGAUCGAAUUUUGUUGUAUUGUUCAAUGUAAUUAAUUAAUUAUUGUAAAUUACUAAUUGUAUUGCACGCACACGCAUAUGCCGUCAGUUUUUUCAGGUGUCGGGACGCGAUUACAAUCUAUCAAAUAGCGAAACACUUUUACUUCACACGUGCAAUUAAUAAAUAUUACUACUGCAACAUUUUAAGUCUCUCUAGUCAACGAUAGAUAACAUAACACGCAAAUUCAGAAUAAUAUAUUACUUUAAUACAAUAUCGAACACAGAUCACACUAGAAUCUUGCACAAAAUGAACACCACACAUUUAUUAUAGAGAAACUAAUUUCACUUCAUUAGUUGGCUAAUUUUUAUACGCAUAUAUUAAAACACAUUUAACGUUCGUGCACUGUUUCUUUAUCUAUAAGACAAACGAUGAAAAUCACUAUGUGAUAUGUAAUAUGUUUAGUUUCGUUUUUAAUUAAUCAUAGAUCACUUAUUGAUUAUCAUAGAUAAAUGUUCGCUUUACUGUGUUUGUAUUAAAUUGAUUUGUCAAGCUGGAAGUAAUGGAACAAGUACGGGAUAGUGAAAGUAACAAAUUUUCUUGUUAUUGUAAACUUAGGCGUAAAAGCGAAACAGAAUCAAAGUUCUUCCACUAAUUAAUUGACUUACUUUAGAUGGCGUGUAGGUUUUACGUUUAAAAUUAAAUUUAUAACACCGGACGCACAGAUAGGUAGCAGCGAGCAAAGAAUUCAAUCACCGUGGUUUUGUAUUUUGUAGUAAUUUGAUAGCGAAACAAAGUUGUAAUACUAAAGAAUGGCGUUUAUGCGAUGACACUGCAAGUGUAUAUUGGUUGACAUCUACGUGUAACACAAGUAGUAACUAACAUAAGUGCAAUUAACACAUUUAGCGAGAGAUGAAGAGCAUUGAAUAUUGAUUUAUUAUUAUUGCUAUUAAUUUUAUCCUAAGUAGACGAAUAAAUGUAAAGGGAGCAAAGCAUUGCCUUGCUUUAAAUCAAGUAUGAAAUAACUGAGGAUUUUAUAUAAAUGAUAGAAAUGCUAUUAUUAUGUUUAUAUAAAUAUAAAUAUUCUAUAAAUAUAUCUAAAUACACACGAUUUACAGUUCA